UGCAGAAUCUACGUGGGGUGGGGUGUUUCUUGCAGAAAGUUGGUCUCUUUUGUUGAUUGUGGGUCGUUUCAUCGGAUUUUUGUUCCGUGUUUGUCGGGGAUGAUACGUGUUUUGUCUGUGCUUGUCGGCUUGAUUUCUUGCUCGGUACGGGGAUUUGAUGGGGAAUCCGAAUUUGGGGUAAUUAGAGAAUUUACAGGACAAUAUCCCCUCUGGGUCCUCGUGCUGAUGAUCUUGAGCCUUACGGCUAAAUUUGGGGAAGCUAUCUUUUUGGCGAUGGUGCACAGCUAAAUAUAGCACCCACUGGCACCAUCUAAAUGCAUUUCCCUUCCUCGUUCUCUCUCUCUCUUGACAUUCUUAAAGGUAGUCAACAGUUUUUCGUUGGGUCAAAUGGGGCGUGAGGAGAGAAUUUAGCAUGCAGGAGAUCUUUGUGUGUCCACAAUGGUGGAGAUAUUGAUUGAUGUGAGAGUUGCAAUCCCAAUUUAUGGUCUUGUGACUGGUUGGUAGAAAUUUUGGUUCUUGGAGAGAUAUGGUGCUGAAACCCAUUUGACUCUUUUAAGUAAAGAGCAAAUCCCCGCAAUGGGUGCAUUUCUUGCCUGGAAAGAAGAAACUCCACCUGGGUUUUUGAGUUUGGUUGUGACGUCGCUUAUUGAAACUAUGAGCCUCGCUGUCCCUUGCCUUGAUCUUGUCUAGUCGCUGUCCGUUUGCGUUUGGGGAACAUCCGUCAAGUUCUUUUACCAGCUAGAGUGUAUAACUGUGUCUUUUAAAAUCGACGCCUCCGAAGACAGUUGCUACCAUAGUUUGUACUACAGAAGUACAAACUCUCAUCAGUGAACUACUUCUCUCCUUUUGGUUUGAGAAAAGAUGCCUUGCACCCUUUCUAGGACCCAAAGCGACAUUUCGGGGAUUUCAGAAAGAGGAAAGGCUUCAUUGCCCCUGAAAUCUUUAGAACAGCAGAACACCGCAACUUCAGAGGUUUGUUCAGGGUCUCCAGUCAUUUGGCAUAAUAGGUGUGCCCUUCUGACUUUCCUUACUCUCGAGUCUGAUGGAAACUGGAAGAUUCUUGCUGUACCAGUGCAAUGUCCGGAUAACACAAAUCCCCUAACUCGUCACUCUCGGUACACAGGCCGAAGCUCUAGUGGGUCCCGUGUAAGAAUUCAACCUCGUAACGGGGCAAUCCCUGAUUCUAGUGUGCUUCCUGACAGCAAGGCAGAUGGAACAAUAAGGACUUGUACCAGCAAGAAAGCAAGAAAAAAGGGGAAACAGGGGAAGAAACUUCCCUUGAAUUGUGGGUCAGCUGAAAUUUCACCAUUAUCUUCCCAACAAGGAGAUCUUCAAGGCAACCUUAAUAGUGGCAGGGACACAUCAGUAGCUAUCAUUGCGUGUUCUGAUCAAAUUGUUCCUGAAAAGUUUCCUGUUUCUGAUCCUGAGAAUCAGCUCAAAACUAAGGAAUCACGACGCCCAGGCAGUCCAAGUUCGAAUGGCUCCUCAGAGUUGGAUAUAGCUUUGGUCAGUUCAGAUGGCAAUGAAAGUCUCAAAAUUGAUUCCAGUGCGUCUGAUGAAGAAAGUGGUCAUAUCCAAAAAGAACCAGUGAAUUCAAAUCCUUGCCAAAAGGUAUUGAAUGAUGCGAUUGAUUUAGCCGAUCAACGCGAGGAAACAGGGAGGAGUAAUAAUAAGAAUGUUGCCAAGAAAAACAACCGAGUCAGAACAGUUGUCAACAUUCCAAGUGCCUCUAGAUCGGGCAGCUUUGGGAAUUCACAUUUCCAUAAUACAGGCAAGGAAAAUAGUCAUCCUGUGUGGCAGAAGGUUCAGAGGAAAGUUGGGAACAAACACGAUUCCUCAAAGGUAAAUCACAUUCAUGUGGAGACAAAUGAAGCACCUAGAGAUGAAGAUAAGAAGCAUAGACCAGCUAAGGAUUCAGGGAAGGUGAAGAGGAAGCACUGUCCAAAUUCCAAACAGGAGAGCAACCGCUAUUUGAGGAAGGGGUCUUCUAUUAACAAGUCUGAGCUCAGAAGCUCGAACAAGUCUGCUCACUCAACCAUUCCAAGUGUUUCAGAAGUCGCCUCUCCAAGUGGUAGUCCAAGAGAUCAGCUGAGGACUGGUGAAGCUGAGUGCUUGAAUCCUGAAGCAGUUGAAGAUUCCCGUGUUUGCCAUGAUGGUUUGCAGCUCAAUGGAGACAAAAGUAGUUCUACUGCUAACUCAGACUUAGAACGCAUGGAAGACUUGGACAGAUCACUAGAAGAAUCUCGGGUGGAUCAGAACAUUAUGAUUUCUCCUGUAUGCACUCCUCACCUUCUAGCUAAUGGAGUCAACCAAUCAGGUAAAGAAGAUGUCCUCUCUGAGUCUUGCGGGCAAAAGAGCACUGCUGGGUCUGUUACACAGAAAUGGGUACCUGUCGGGACAAAAGCUCUAGCUGCAACUGGCCUAACUGGUAAAUCAUGCAUCUCUGUUGAGAAUGGUCAAGCGGAAGCUUGUCAAGAACAAACUCCUGGUGUAGAUUCCGAAAGUACUAUUACUUUAUCAAUCUCUGAAGUUGAAAAUAACUGUUCUCCUUCUGAGGAGGAAGGACAAACUGAAUCAACAGAGAAUAGCAAUUCUGGUGUACCUGAGGAACAGAAUCACAGAGUAGCCUCUGAUAGUUCCGUGAUUAGUGAAUUUAAAAGUCAGUUUGAAACUGAUUUAGACAGGUUAGCGAGGGCAAUAGGUAAUGCCCACAGAGCACAAUUAGCAUCAGAAGCUGUUCACAUGGCGACUGGUGGUCCCAUUGCCGAGUUCGAAAGACUUCUUCAUUCAUCUUCUCCAGUGGUUUCUCCCUCACAUUCUAUCGCAACUAAGACGUGCUCGAGGAACCAUUUGACUUCGACCAUGGGCAUACAUGAGACACCUGAUAUCCCUUUGGGAUGCCUGUGGCAGUGGUACCAGAAGCAUGGUAGCUUUGGUCUGGAAGUUCGGGGGAAGGAUUAUAACAACUCGAAGAGAUUAGGAAUUGAUCGGUUCUCAUUCAGGGCUUACUUUGUUCCGUAUUUAUCAGCAGUUCAGUUGUUCAGAGGUGGUAAGGGGCAGAUGAGGAAGAGUUCAAUUGGUGAUCCCGAUAAUUUCGAAACGUAUGAGAACUCAACUGUUGGAAACUUGCCGAUAUUUCCUCUCCUAGUACCUCGGGCUAGCAAAGCUGACAUCGCUUCUCAGACUGUCAAGAGUGCAGAGUCUCAUGAAUCUGAGCUGAUCUUUGAAUACUUUGAGUUAGAGCCACCACAGCAGAGGCGGCCGUUGUAUGAGAAGAUUCAGGAGCUCGUUAGAGGUGAUGGGCCUUCGCGGGACAAAGCUUAUGGUGACCCUUCCGAACUCAACUCUAUAAAUCUUCAGGAUCUGGACCCUAGAUCAUGGUACUCGGUGGCGUGGUAUCCAAUUUAUAGAAUACCUGAUGGAGACUUCCGUGCAGCAUUUUUGACUUACCAUUCUCUUGGCCAUUUUGUUCGUAGAGAUGGUUUAGACAAUUGUGUCGCGUCUCCAGUGGUUGGGCUUCAGAGUUACAAUGCUCAGAAUGAAUGCUGGUUCCAGUUAAGGCCUCCCCUGACGAGCCAAAAGUCACAAAUUCCAAGCUUAGACCCAUCGAAGAUCCUAACAGAGCGACUCAGGACACUGGAGGAUGCGGCUUCCUUGAUGUCUAGAACUGCAGUGAGCAAAGGGAAUGGCCUGACCUCUGUAAAUAAUCACCCCGAUUUUGAGUUCUUCCUCUCCAGGCGACGAUACUACUGAGAUCCCGAGUCCCUGGAUUUGCACCCCCAACCCCCAGAAGAAGCAGUUUAGAAUUCAUAAACAAGGAUUUGAUAGUCAGUUUCCUAACCUCAGGUAGGAUUAGGAAUGGAUGUAAAUAACACCAAAAUCACAGUAAGUCACCUCUUAGUUUUUCCUUUCUGGGUUUUCUUUGUUUCUCUCUGGACACAAACAAGAUUAUAUAGACUAUAGAGGUUUGUCUUCUUUUCUUCAGAAUAUUUUGUGCGUGCUUAGAUUCAAACUCGCGCUAUGUGCAAUAUUUGCUAAAUAAAUGGUUACCAACUCUUUGGUUUUCUUUUCA